UGCAACAUUUAAUGACAAUCUUCUUCUUCACAGAGCAAAUGGCAAAGAUAGGUUCUGGGAUCGUCUCCGGCCUCACGAUUAUUUACCUGCUGCUGAGCGAUUCGGGAGUUCUGGCAGAGACUGAUGGGAGUCUGGCUACUUAUCGUGUGGUGAAUGGGGCACUGGGACAGUCAGUCGUUUUGCCAGGAAAUGUGUCAGGAGAAAGCAUUUCAGUCGUUACUUGGGACUAUGCAAAUUCAUCUCAUCAAAAAAUGGUUCAAUUAUGUGUGAAAUAUAAAAACAGCCCAACAACUUGUAACAGAGAGAGGAUGACGUUAAAACUGAAGGACUGUAGCCUGGAAAUACAGAACCUAACAGACAGUGAUGAAGGUUUCUAUGAAAUAAAUGCAAGGACCGAUACAGAUCGCCAUCAAGAAGUGAUGGAACUGCGAAUUUAUGUUCUGGCAGGGACCAAUGGGAACCCGGCUACUCGUUGUGUGGUGAAUGGGACACUGGGACAGUCAGUCACUUUGCCAGGAAAUGUGUCAGGAGAAAACAUUUCAUUCAUUGCUUGGGACUACACAAAUUCAUCUCAUCAAAAAAAGAUUCAAUUAUGUGUGAAAUAUACAAACAAUCCAACAAAUUGUAAGAGAGAGAGGGUAACAUUAAACUUGAAGGACUAUAGCCUGGAAAUACAGAACCUAACAUACAGUGAUGAAGGCCUGUAUGAAAUAAAUGCAAGGACCGAUGCAGAUGUCCAUCAUGAAGUGAUGGAACUGCGAAUUUAUGAACGUGUAUCAACACCCGUAAUAACUAGCAGCCAAUUUGUCUCAAAUGAGCUAUGUAACAUUAGCUUGGACUGUUUACUGGAACGUGGCACGAAGCCAGUUUACUCUUGGUGGACAGGAGAUGAUAAGGUCACGACCGAUGAGUCUCAUGUACUGACUGACGAAGGGAGAAGUCUGGAAUUGUCCUUAAGGCCGAGUGAUAACAGAGUGUACAACUGCACAGUGAGGAACCCUGUCAGUGAGGCAACUAUGAGUGUGGAUCUCAGAAACCUCUGUCCAGACACUGAAGGUGAGAAACUACUGGGGCCAUUCCACAUUUGUUUAAUUACUACCAUUACUCUGAUAGCUUUCAUCACGGCUAUUGUUUUCACUUUGUAUUGGAAGAGAGAACUCAAGAUCAAUAAAGGCAAGUACUCUAGAAGACAUUUACAUCAACUGGAUGCCAACAAAGGACGGCAAAAUCCGAGGGCAGAGCUCACGACGAUAUACGAUGACACAAUCCUGAUGUGA